GUGGUAAUCGAUGCGUUUCGUACGACUGGACAGAAUACGUUGGAGCUGGGCAUUCUGGAAGGUUUACAUAAAACACUGGCACCCACAGAAGAAUCGCGACAAACCACGUCGAAUCUGGGACAUCUUGUUAAACCCACCAUCAUCGAACAACUUCAUGGACUCGGCAAAACGUCUGUUUUCAAAAUUAUUCAGAAGAAUGGCUAGAUAUUUUUGA